AUGGUCCUCAUCAGGGGCAGGGUGUGUGAUGUCUCAUGGAAUAAUGAAGUAUUGCGGAGCACAACAAUUACCCGUGCUUGUUUCGCCAGGAAGAAGAAUAGAAACGGACUGUUAGUCAUGGCGGCAAGGUUCCCCGGUGGUUCCAAAUCAACCCAUCCGUCCAUCCGUGGUUCAAAGUGGUCUACCAGAACUAUGCUCUGUAAUUUCCCUAUCAACCCGCCGGGGGGCAAAGAACCAGCAUGCCGGUUGACCCCUACACUCCAAGACGCCGGGAAUUCCUCAACGAGCGUUCCCAUUGGAGUCACCAAUUAA